AGCGCCAUCACCUCUCGUGCACCUGCACCCAAGAAGCCGCGCGCGCGCGCAGCCUCCUGCCUUCAUAUGGUCCGGGUCAGCUAAGCUAGCUGUAAAUAAACCGGGCAGGGAAAAGAGAGGGGCAAAAAAAUUAAAAAAUAAAAGGUUGACACAACUAACUGCGAAAGCCUGAGGAGGAGGCGGGACUUCCGCCCCGGGAGCAGAGCAGAACUAAACCGGUCCGGCUGUUUAUCUCUUUGUGCAGCCGGAGAGGACAGAGGAAAGGCUGGAUUCUGAUAAGGUUGUGUCAUUACAAGCCACACUAUGCUGAGCUACUUGACGUCAGGAGGCUGCAGACUUCCUUUCUACCUCUUCGCUGUGGUUCUCCCCUUGGUUUCUCCUCACAAUCUGAACCGCCAUCAACAUCAGGAGCAGGGCGACAAGGAUCGACCCAAGCUACUCCUUGUGUCCUUCGAUGGCUUCCGCUGGGAUUACAUCUACCGCGUCCCGACUCCCAACUUCCGCAGCAUCAUGGACGAGGGCGUGAAGGUCGAGUUUGUGGAGAACAUUUACAUCACCAAAACCUACCCGAACCACUACAGCAUGGUGACGGGGUUGUACGCCGAGACGCACGGCGUCGUGGCCAACGAGAUGUACGACCCGGCUCUGAACCUGUCCUUCUCCAUGGAGACGGACAGCGUUUAUGACUCAAGGUGGUGGGAGCAGGCCGUGCCUCUCUGGGUGACGGUACAGAAAGACGGAGGGCGGAGCGGAGCGGCCAUGUGGCCCGGCUCUGACGUACUGAUUCACGGCGUGUUCCCCACUCGGUACCUCCCGUACAACGCCUCGGUUUCCUUUGAAGCUAGGGUGCGGAGCAUUAUUGAGUGGUUCUCCGCACCUGAGGGGGAAGCCGUGGAUUUUGGAAUCCUGUACUGGGAGGAGCCGGAUGAGAGUGGCCACAACCUGGGACCUCAGAGCCCGCUCAUGGACUCCAUCAUCGCCGGGAUCGAUGAGAAGCUCGGAUUCCUCCUGGAUGAGCUGAAGAAGGCCGGGCUGUAUGAGAAAGUGAACCUCGUUGUGACCAGUGACCACGGGAUGGCCCAGCUUUCCCCCGAGAAAAUCAUAGAACUGGACCAGUAUGUGGACAGAGAUUUGUACACCUGGGUGGAUAAGAGUCCAGUGGUGGGAAUCCUCCCCAAAGAAGGGAAGCUUGACGAGGUGUAUGCAAUGCUGGCGGACGCCAACCCCAACAUGGUGGCAUACAGGAAGGACGACAUUCCCGAACACUUCCAUUAUCAGCACAACGUCCGGAUCAUGCCCAUCCUCCUGGAGGCCAAGGAGGGCUGGACCAUCAUGCAGAACAGGACCGGGCUCUUCAUGCUGGGAAACCACGGCUACAACAACACCUUACGCGACAUGCAGCCGGUGUUUGUGGCCCGUGGUCCGGCCUUUCGCCAGAACUAUAUCAAGGCCUCCAUGCGAUCUGUUGACCUUUACCCUCUCAUGUGCCACAUCCUGGCCAUCCAGCCUCUGCCAAACAACGGCUCACUCCUAAAUGUCAGGGACCUUCUGUCCUCGGAGCCGACUACUUCAGCGCCUGCUUCAGCCCACUUCACCCCUCCUCCUAAGGUCAGCAGGUACUCGUACGCCCCAGUUGUGGGUUCGUUCAUCGGCGUGGUGAUGGUCCUCGGAUUCCUAGUGGUCUACGUCAUAUUGGUGACGCUAAAACAGCGGCCUGUGCUCAAACACAGAAGCUGGGAGAUGUCGCAGCCCUUAUUGCAAGAGGACUUGCACCUGUAGCUGAGGAAGUUUAAAAGGAUUGGAGACGGAAAAGAAUAGGGGCAGUUGCUCCCCGAGGUACCAUGCUUGGCCCAGAAGCGUUCUCUAAAUCAGUGUUUCCCAACCCUGGUCCUCAAGACACACUUUUUUAGGUAUUUCCUUGCUUCAGUCCAGCUGAUUUCAAUUGAAGACUGAUUAACAGGUGUUUUUUGAACUGCAAUAAAUUGAAUCAGGCGCAUUAAAGCAGGGAACCCUCUAAAGCAGUGGUCCCCAACCUUUUUAUUACCGCUGACCUGUCAAGACUUGGCAGUUUUGCUGCCAAGUCUUGGAGGCCAAGGAGGGCUGGAACAUCAUGCAGAUGAUUGGGGGGGGUGACCUUCAGAUAAUGCUUCUGCAUGUUGGUGUUCCCGCAGAGCCGCAAAGCCUUUUCUUUUUCCCUUUUCGACAAUCUUACAAGUACUGCAUUGUGUGGUGUGUUACAUGGUGGUGUGUUGAAUAUGUCCCAUGUAAAAUCGGGCUUAUUCAACAUUGUCUUGGCCCGAUUAUCGCAGCCUGUGGGAUUUUCCCUGACUGGGAGCGAGAAUGCAGCCUGUUGAAUGUGACAGGUAACCAAUCAGAAAGCGUGGUGACGUAAGAAGAGAGGAAUCCAAAAACAGUUGACAUGGCAACUGAGAGUCCGGUGGACAUCGGAGAUAAUAUGUAGAAAUGUUUAUUACUAUAUGCAAGGGUCAUUUUUAUAUGUUUAUUAUAUUAGGUUAUGUUUAUUCAGUUGAAAAUGUUAACUACGAAAAACAUAACUCACCUCCAAAUUACAGCGCAGCAAAUAGAGCGGCUGCUCCCGCCGUCUUUUAUCAAACGCCUUUUCUUUUUGUUACGUCUUUUAUCUCUUAAAAUGAGUCCACAAACUAUCACUGCUGCUUCUACAUCGUCAUCCGUGUUUGAUUAUUCUAAAUUCACGUAUGGUAUGUUGGGGAU